AUGAGUAUCAGGCACCUGGCUCUCAUGCCCCCAUCAACAAAGUCAUCCGCAAAGCUUGUCCGUGGUACGGGGUUUAACGUGGCUUGGCCUCCUUGGAUCGGUGCUCCCAUGGUAUCCUGCUCCGUGACCUGGCCGGGCUACAAAUUAAAGGUUUGGGCUGGUAGUGGCGAGGAAACCUCGGGCAGAAAAAUGCAUAAAAGCCCAAAGGACGCCCUUGGCAGCUCCAAUGAGUGGCCAAGGAGUUCGGAUACCUUAUCUGUAACCUACCUCGGUAAUACCCGAAGGUGCAGAAAGGGCGCAAUUGUACCGCCUUGCCGCGACAACGUUAUCGAACCGCGUGGUUAA